AUGUACGAGCUCGAUACAAAUGACAACCACCUAGUGACCAGGAUUCAUAGCCAGUGCCUAGUGACGGAUCCUUUAAAAAAAUACAAUGCAAAACAAAAAAACUUCUGUUUGGUAUUGAUUUCAGGACGAGACCAGGAGAAAGGGCGAGAAGGCGGCACCUGGCUAGCAGUCUCCAAGACCGGCCGCAUAGCUGCACUCCUCAACAUCCUCCAGAGGUCAAACAUCAUAGACGCCACCAAGAAGGGCCGAGGUUUUCUCGUGGUUGACUUUGUGCAGUCAUCACAAGAUGGCGAGACCUACCUCAACAAGUUGAUGCAAGAGAGGAAUGACUACAAUGGAUUCCUUCUGAUCACAGUAGAAACAAAACCACUUAAAAAAAAGUGCUUUCUAAAUUACUACUCCAAUCUUCAAGAGGGUGCACCUACCCACCUAGACCCAGGAUUCCACGCUUUUGGCAACAGCGUUCCUCCCUACUUCUGGUCAAAAGUCACCGGUGGGAAGCAGAUGUUUGAAGCCAUAGUCAAAGAAAACUGUUCUUUUUCUCAGAGGGAGACGCUUGUCAGCAAGUUAUUUGACUUCCUCCAGGAUACAACUCCGUACCCCGUCGAUGACUCAAUGCGAAGCCAGUCGGAGGAGUUGGAUGCCACGCUGGAAAUACGCAACCGGAUCAAGUUUGCUCUGCCAAAAUGGAACUAUGGCACGAGGACACACACAAUUGUGCUGGUGAAUGGUCAAGGCAAAGCAGAGUUUAUAGAAAAGACUAUGAAAGAGCCCAUUGACAUUGGCUCCAAAGUCGAAUGGGAGACACGGUCAUACUCAUUCAGUAUUGAGUGAAUUUAGGAAGUGCCAUUAUGACUUUUCCUUUGCUUCCCAGAAACUGGUCAUAAGGGUUUACUGAGUGCAGCUUUGUAAUUUAACUGCACACAAAAGCUUUAGUAUACGUGUGUGUUUAAAGAAAAUUUGAUGUUCAAAAGUAACUUGCACUUUGGUUCCUAAAGUUAACGAAGAAAUUGUGAAAUGCAUAUUUUAAUCAAGUGUUGUCCUUUUAUGAUUACAUACCUUUUUUAUUUGUUGCUUAACAGACCCACUUCGAAGGUUGGCAUAGCCACUCGACCUAGUCCUAGAGCCAAUUUCUAGCAGUAGCCACAAGGAACUGUUGGUUUGCACUGGCAAGGGUGUUACAUGGGUGCGGCCAAGCAGCUUGCACAUCGACUUCACCAAGAGCCUAUUGCAUAUUGGUUUGUGCAAAAACCUUAGAUCAUCAAGUGCUGAAUGAAUUUCCAGAAUGAUUCACAUACAUGGGAAGUUAGUUGUUACCUCAUUCAAAAGGCACUGUACUUCUUUGGUUGCCGUCUGUGUGGAAGUUUUAGAGGCUCCGUAACAGCCGCUAGGUAGCACUCGUAUCUUGGAGCGAGUUAAUUAUCUGAAGAAAAAGCAACAAAAUAUUGAAGUGCCAUGUGUUCUAGAAGUACAAAGUUUGCAUGUUACCUGAUGUUUAUAAAUGUUUUGAUUAUUUCAAAUAAAGCUAUUGAAAUAAUGGCA